UCUAUGACGUCCAAAAACAAGUGCUACAUUUAAAAUCAAUGACGACAGCAAUCUUGUUUUCUGUUAUUGAGAAGUACCUUUGAAGCAAGAUAAACUUUUCGGCUUGCUUGCCAAAAUAUGGCCACUAAUAAUUUAGCGGACCAAUCGCAACAGCUAAAUAGUGACAGCAGGAGUGCAUCCCCGAGAGUGUCAGGCAUAUACCUAACGGUUCACAAACCGCCCAACAGUACGCCGGUACGAGACGUUGAAGCUGAGACUUCGGCGAUUGGCACUGACGUGGAUCUUAGCUACCUUCUGGAGGAAAACGCUCGACAGAUGCUCAAAUAUCGGAAGAGGCCUCGCCUUGACCACGAAAAACCGGUGAAACUAAGCAAUUCCUUCUUCAAUCAAGAUUUCCCUACGAGGUUGUGGAAAAUAGUGGAUUCUGACUUGUUCAAGUCGGUCACAUGGGACAAGAAUGGCAUUUACAUGCUUCUCGACGAGGAACGGUUCACCAAGGAGGUGUUACAGCCAACAAGAUUCCAACCUACUCUCCCAUGUGUCACCAUGGCUGGAUUCGACCAACAACUGAUCCUCCACGGUUUUCAAAAGCUCUCCUCAGCUACCCCCACCUCAAAGUUGUCCAUGUACUACCAUCACAGCUUCAGACAGCACCAGGAGAAGCUACUGAAGAAGAUCAAGGAACCGGUGGUUGCAGAGGUGGAAGUGGUGGAGGAGGAGGAUGAUGAUGUGGAGAUAAUCCGGGUCAUCCCUGGUCCUCCCCGUCAGCCCGGCCCUCCUGUUACUCCCAUUACCCCUCCCGUUACCAGUAAGGCUGAGACCCGGGACGGCGAGGCCGAGAAGGAUGAGAAGAAGGAGAAGGAGCAGCUCUCGCUAGCUGCCAAGGACCUGGUUGCCAAGAUCAGCUCGGCGGUCAACCAGAGGAAGACCGUUCUGCUGGUCACACCCUCCUCCUCCUCCCACACCUCAUCCACACCCACCCCGGCCCCAGCCUCCUGCCCAGCCCGCUCCUUUACCCUCUCCUACCCCACCCCAGUCCCCUCCUGCUCCUACUCCAACCCAUCCACUCCUGCACAGGCCCUAACCCCCUCCUACACCUACUCCACCCCGGCUCCCACCCCGGCCCCAGCCCAGUUCGAAGAGGCAAAUGAGGCCCAGGCACACCAAGCCCAGCAGGCCCAAGCUCAGGCCCUAAAUGCCCACCAGAGCCAAGCUCAGGCACUUAAUGCCCAUCAGGCCCAAUACCAACAGGUUCAUGCCCAGGCCCUGUAUGCCCAGAUGGCUCAGUCCCAGAUGGCAUGGAUGCAAGCAGCGAUGUAUAACCCCUGGGUCCUCCAGGCCAUGCAGAUGCAGAUGGCAGCCUAUAUGUCCCCCCCACCACACUACCUGCACCGGCCAGCAGGGGGGUUCUCAACCACUCACCACAUCCACCCAGUCUACCCCAGUGGGAGCAGAAGCCCUACUGGGGCAGGGUCAGAGUCGGGCCGCUACUCCCCUGAUCUGUCCUUCUCCCCACCCAAUCCCUGAACCCCUCUAUCCCUCCAUCCCUUCAUCCAUCCAUCCAUCCAUCAAACUAAGCCAAACCUUGAGUAGGCCUAUGAGAUCCCUCUUCCCCCACAUCCCUAAAAUACUUUUAGAGAAAACCUUUAAUCUAGAUUCUUAAUAAACUAUUUUGCAGUUCA